AUGGGCUCGGAGCGGGUGGAGAUGCGUAAGAGACAGAUGCAGGUUCAUCAGGAAGCAGCUGCCAGUGUCCUCCAAGCGCGCCACAGAAUGGGAAACACCCCCACCAACGCCUCAAACGCCUGCUGCUUCUGCUGGUGCUGCUGCUGCAGCUGCUCCUGUUUGACUGUUAGGAGUGAGGAUGAGACAAUACAGAGGUCCACUUUUGAGCGCAGGACAGAGGGGACCACUAACUGUGAAGAAAGUCUGAAGCCUACCCUGGAAGACGCGCGCUCAUGGCCGACGUCAUUUGAAAAGGUGAUGAAGAGUGCAGCCGGUCGCAGCUGCUUCAGGCAGUUCCUGCGGACAGAGUUCAGCGAGGAGAACAUGAUGUUCUGGCUCGCUUGCGAGGAGCUGAAAAAGGAGACCAACAAGACUGUGGUGGAGGAGAAAGUCCGUCAAAUUUAUGAGGACUUCAUCUCAAUCCUCUCCCCUAAAGAGGUCAGUUUGGAUUCACACGUUCGGGACGUGAUAAACCGCAACAUGCUGGAGCCGACCUCGCACACGUUCGAGGAGGCUCAGCAGCAGAUCUACACGCUGAUGCAGAGAGACUCGUACCCCCGCUACAUAAACUCAGCUGCAUACACAGACCUGCUGAAGAGCCUGGAGGAGCCUCCCCCGGAGCCAUAG